AUGCCCACCACCGCGGCGACUAGGCAACUCCUAUCAUAUUUACGAAUGGGGCUGGGGAUAAUCCUUCCAUUUCUCACCUUCCAUCCGUGGUGGAGCCGUUUGAAAAUGGGCCGGCUUGCUUAUUGGCGUAACCAUGUUGUGGUAACUGUUCUGUCUGCAUUGGGAAUAGUGCCUAAAGGGACCGUUGAUGUUCAUAAGAUGUUGUUCAAGACUGCUGACUUUUUGACCAGAGGGGGUGAUAUUGGAAUUUUCUCUCCUAUGCACAUGAUUCUCUGCAGAAAACCUAAAGAACAAGAGAAAUAA